CGAGCAAAGAUCUAUCGCUCUUCUGGCUAUUCCCACGGCCCCCAAAUGAGAGGGACAAACUCCGGCAUGUCUGCAUUAGCUGCCUCGGACAGCUGUUUUAUUGACACGCUACUCACCCUGACAUAGAUGCGAAGCGGCAUUCGCGUCUGUUGUUUCCCGGCGGCAGCUGUACACAGAGGGGGAAAAUACGCUGGAAGUUAAUUAGCUUGCUGGCUAGCCCGUCGCUAGCUGCUAAUGCGGAGCUAACGGCUAACCCAAUCAGUGAUACAUGUUACCUAGAUAUGCCAAAAUAUCAGUUUUUGUAACAAAACACUCGGUGGCUGCUGUUUAGUCGGAGACGAAAUGGCGCUGACAUUUAAGUCUACAUGUAGUUGUGAAUGUUGUCAGUCAACAGUGUAGUUUUCUACCUGGUUCUUAUCGAUACCUGUGUGUGUUUCCUGCUAGCCACGUAAACUGCUCCUGCUAGGUGUUGACGUAGCAGGAGUAGGAGCACCGAGUUAUUGACAUUUUGAGGACAUAAAUUCCGGCCGUGAAUAUGAGUAAUUGUGACUGGACAUGCUGUAGCUGGACGUGACCGUGUGGGCUCUCGGUGGUUUCCUGGUCCUGUUGGAUUGAGCGGAUGAUGAAGCGAGUCAUCUGGCUGAUAUCAGGAAUCAACAGAAGAAUGAUGAAGCUGCUUUUCGCCCUCGCUUUGAUCGCCUACAUCGCCUCUGUCUGGGGAACGUACACAAAUAUGAGAUCAAUACAAGAACAUGGAGAAAUGAAGAUUGAGCAGAGAAUUGAUGAAGCGGUUGCUCCUCUCAGAGAGAAGAUUCGUGAUCUGGAACAAAGUUUUUCACAGAAAUAUCCACCUGUGAAAUUCCUGUCAGAGAAGGAUCGGAAAAGAAUUUUGAUUACUGGUGGAGCUGGUUUUGUGGGUUCCCACCUGACUGACAAGCUGAUGAUGGAUGGCCAUGAGGUGACUGUCGUGGACAACUUCUUCACAGGAAGGAAAAGAAAUGUGGAGCACUGGCUCGGCCACGAAAACUUUGAGCUCAUCAAUCAUGAUGUGGUGGAGCCUCUCUACAUCGAGGUGGAUCAGAUCUACCACCUGGCAUCUCCAGCCUCUCCUCCCAACUACAUGUACAAUCCCAUCAAAACACUCAAGACCAACACAAUAGGCACUCUCAACAUGCUCGGUCUCGCCAAACGUGUGGGCGCCAGACUUCUUCUGGCUUCUACUUCUGAGGUAUAUGGAGAUCCAGAAGUACACCCACAAAACGAGGAGUACUGGGGGCAUGUGAACCCCAUCGGUCCUCGAGCGUGCUACGAUGAAGGGAAACGUGUAGCAGAGACCAUGUGUUAUGCCUACAUGAAACAGGAAGGAGUGGAGGUGAGGGUGGCGAGAAUCUUCAACACAUUUGGCUCCAGGAUGCACAUGAACGAUGGCCGUGUCGUCAGUAACUUCAUCCUGCAGGCUCUGCAGGGGGAACCUCUCACUGUGUAUGGUACUGGUUCCCAAACAAGAGCCUUCCAGUAUGUGAGCGACCUGGUGAACGGCCUCGUCUUGUUGAUGAACAGUAACAUCAGCAGUCCGGUCAAUCUGGGGAACCCAGAGGAACACACCAUAUUGGAGUUUGCUCGUCUCAUCAAAAGUCUCGUCGUGAGCAGGAGUCAGAUCCAGUUCCUCCCAGAGGCUCAGGACGACCCACAGAGAAGAAGACCUGACAUCAGAAAAGCCAAGAUGAUGCUCGGCUGGGAGCCGGUGGUACCUCUGGAGGAAGGCUUGAACAAAACCAUCCAAUACUUCAGCAGGGAACUGGAGCACCAGGCCAACAACCAGUACAUCCCCAAACCUAAAGCGGCCCGCAUGAAGAAAGGAAGACCCCGACACAACUGAGGUCAAGCGUCCAAACACAGACUCUCAAAGAAAGUGAAGGAACUUAAAAAAGACUCCUGAGGAGACCCCGAGAGUGCAACCAUCUGAAAUACACUGUCGAGGAAAAGCACUCUGGGAUAUUGUGUCUUUUUUUUUUUAAAGCAGAAACAACUUGAAAGAGAUGUUGUUGUUUCCUUGUUUAGGAAGCACAGCUGCACUCUGGGAAAAAGGGCGCUUCAGUGUCGGAGCUUUCUUGUUGGAUGGACAGAAACAGAAAUCUGAACCCAGCCUGUCUUCUUUUUUUUGUGUGAAUUUUUUGCUUCUGCUAUUUAAAAUCGCAAACGGAGAAUCAUGCAAAAAGCUUGUGCUGUGAAUCAGUGCGUAGUGUUUAUUUUAUCAGUUUCAUGAAUUUUUGUCUCCAGAGAUGAGCUACCUGGAUCUGUUUUUUUUUUUUUUUUUUUUUUUGGGGGGGGGGGGGGGGGGGGUGUCUUUCCCCCCCCCCCUCUCUGGAUGUUUUGUGCUCUUAUCAGCAGCGUGCCAGACCCCUGCUGGCUGUUCAUGCAGCACACUGGUAAAAAAAAAAAAAAAAAAAAGAUCUUCUCGAAAAGACUGUUACAGAAUGAUUAUGUGUUUUAUCAGGUCGUCAUGGUGUUUUGCUUUGUGAAAUGUCAUGUCAGGAUUUUGCAUUAUCAACCUCAGAUGAUGCUAUUUUAAUAAAAUAUUUCCAAUA